UCUCUCUCCAGAUGUUUGUGGUGGACAAGGUGGAGGAUUCCAGCUGUGCUGUCCAUGAGUUCUCUAUAACUGGCUCAACCUACGCCCCUGAAGGGCAAGUGUGAGUGUCCCCUCCUACCUUUCUUUGUAUUAGAGUACAGAGUGCAAGUUACUCUAAGUGUGAUUUCAGGUGAAAACUCGUAGUGACUGUGGAAUCACAGUGGGAAACACGCACACGCACGCAUGCAUACACAAACUAACUAACAAACAAACACACACACACACUAUGAGGUGUAUCUUCUACACCUCCCAGUAAAUGAUGUGCUGUGUGUGUUGAGUGUGGUCUAGAGUCUGAACACGCUGAGCCCCAGAGGAAAGUUAAGGCUGGCCAUUGUUACCCCUCCCUGGCCUCGGACAGACAGACAAACACCUAUUUUUACAGGCGGCAGUGGAAAAGCCUUGGUCCCACAAUCACCACUUUCAUCUGGCCGGCUGGCUGUUAAAAGCCCCCUAACCUCCUUUUUUCCCAUUUGAUGUGAAGUGUUUCUUUUGAAGUCUCUUUCCUUCCCCAUAUCAACUCCCAUUCCCACCCCCAGCCCCCAUAGGUUUACUCUGUUCUUUAGGAAGAAUGAAAAUUAUGUUUUCCUGAAAUAUGUGAACUUCUUCCAUGAUAGAACAGAUAGCACAGAGAGGAAAGGACACCGAAACUUCUAAAAUAGUCUCACUGUGGAGAAUUCCUAGAGGAAUAAAUGACAAAUAGGUCUGACUAGAGCGAGCGACGGGGAGAGCAAAACACGGAGAGAGAUGGAGAGGGGUGUAGCUGGGCCAAAGUCAUAGUGACCCAGUUCCAGACCAACAAUCUUUCCUUCCUGUAUAAUGUCAGGAUAACCUGAUUGAUGACCUCCUCUCACUCUCUGGAGUAUCCACUCUAGUCUAAUACCCCAAAUGACUACCUGCAUAGGCCUCUACCCAGAACCAGAUCUUCUACAGUAUUCAUCCCUUCUGGUUACUGCUUUCUCAUUAGAAAAUGAAAUACAAAAAGUCAUAAGUUAUUCAGAGCACAUUCUCUUUUACAAUAACAACCUCAAUAACAACCUCUGUCAUGAUUUUGAAAUACUGAGGUAUUUAUUGGUAACCCUUUCCACUCACAGGCCCUGUCAUCACAUAUACUGGUUGAAAAUGGCAGUUUUGUCAUUGAUAAGCACCUAAAUUGGAACGCAGUGGCUGUACAGUAGCGUGCUGUACAUGUCAGAGCUCAGGCUUUCCACUUCGCAGCUCACCCAACAAGAUGCCACCAUCCCUCCCGUUAAUUGGGUAGUCUGAGUGAGAGGAGUUUGUGUUCUGAAAGAUGAGACUUUGAGUUAUAAUAAAUACAGCUUUGAUGUCAGACAAGCAAACCACAUACCCGUGAGUCCAAAUGUGCACUUCACAUUUCUAUAUUUGAAAACUCAUGUAAUUUACAGUAUCAACGUUUAUGAUCGCCAUGUUUGAUCCACAGUUGCAAAGAUAAUAUGCGUUAUAGCCAGGGUUGUCCUGAACAUAAUGAGCUUAUGUUUAUUGUAUUGUGAAGGAAAUUAGCCGCGGAACACGCACUUGCAUGCACUCAUGACACCAUUCACCAAAAUUACAAUUGUUUGUCUGAACAAUUGUCUUACCAUCCCCUUCAGUCAGUUCACUCGAUACAUGAUGAUGCUCGACACUCACAAUAUUUUCCCUACUGAAGUUGAUUAAAACCUCAUGAUUAUAUCCAAUAUAAUGGAACAUGACGGGACUGUGUUUUAGAAAGGUGAAUAAGGUCCUAAUCGCUGUUCUGGUUGGUUUGUGGGUGUGAAACCUGUUCUCUACUCUGAGAUGUUAUGAAAUCUCAGGCUGGCAUGCCAUGCAAUGGGUUGUUGUGUGGGCUGUUGCUGCCUCUACUGGGCUGUGUGCCAUGUGGUCAUGCAACCAACCAACCAACCACUGCUGCUCCCAACGCACGCACAAACACGCACACAUGCACACACACUCACAUACACACAAGUCAUUCCAUGUCAUUUCAGAUUGUUCUGAAAUUGUUUCUGUAGUUAGAAGCAGGCAUUCCUAAAACAUUAUUUUGUUGAAAUUUUAUUUUUAUUUAUAGGAUUCCAACAACCAGUAUACAGGAUCAGUUCUCUAGGUUUGACAAGUAGUAUGAAGCUGGUAUCUAACAAAUGUUUUUUUUUUUUUGGGGGGGGGUUACUAUCCUUGUAGGGACCAGAAGUCCCCCAGAAGGAUAGUUUAAAAAAAGAACUUGGUUAAGUGGGGACAAGUAGGAAAAUGGCUAUUUUAGGGUUAGGUUUACUAUUAGGGUUUAGGUUUAGAGUUAGGGGUUAAGGUUAAUGGUUAGGGGUUAGGGAAAAUAGGAUUUUGAAUGGAAAUCAAUUGUUUGGUCCCCACAAGGGAUAGAAAUUAAAAAGUGUGCGUUCUCUCUCCCAGGUUGAAAGGGGACAAGGUGGUGCAGUGUGGAGACUAUGAUGGACUACUGGAGCUGGCCACUGUGUGUUCCAUGUGCAAUGACUCCUCACUGGACUACAAUGAGGUCAGUGCUGACACACACACCAACACUCUAUGUUCUUGUGAGUCAAUAACACACACACACACACACACACUGAGCCGUAGACAUGGCUGCACAUCUGUUGCUGCCUUCUCCUAGGUUUGACUGAUGUCAUCACUAAUGUUGUGUUGGACUAACCUGCGUGAUACACAAAUGUUUUGUGCCAAUGAGACAGGCUUGCAAAUGUCUUCAUAGACUUAGCUAUGUAUACAAACAAGGUAUUACAUUAUGCCGAAUGCAUGAAUGAUAACAAGCCUCCUACAGUAGCUGAUUGAAUUUUACUCUGAUGUGUUUUCUCACCUCUGUCAUCACCACGGUGUCAUGGUAACCAUGCUGUGUGUAAAUGAAGCCAAGGACACGGCAGUUUCAUUACAAGAUAUGCAAACACUGAGAUUUGUUGUUGUUGUUGAUUUGUUUCCCAAAAAGACUCAUUGUAGAACUGAAUUAGCAGGCCAUUUUGUAAAGGUGUGGCUUUCCCAACUAGAGAUAAUGGAGGAGGGGAGGAGGGUUGAUAAAGGUAGAGCAGCUGUGUGGAGAGGGAGAGUGGUGUGAGAUUAGUGGACCCUGAUGGCGGUGGAGGACCGUGGGGAUUUAUUGACCAUGUUGUGUUCAGUGGGGUAGACAGGCACAGUGUGGGCAAGGCUGCGUCCUAUUAAAACACGGUGGACUCCACCUAUUCACAUCAUAAAAAUAUACUGUAUAAUAAUAAAAGCUAUUUAGCAGAUGCUUUUAUCCAAAGCGACUUAGUCAUGUGUGCGUACAUUUUACGUAUGGGUGGUCAAACCCACUAUCCUGGCAUUGCAAGCGUCAUGCUCUACGAACUGUGCUACAGAGGACAUUUACCUGGCAGGUCAGGUCAGCCAGCUAUGAAACCACACCACUCACUCACUAUGACUCAAGUCAUCUAAGGAGAACUAGAGUAGGUUGAUGUGAAUGAUUGAGAGAAUGCACUCACUAAUUGACACGCAUACACACACACACACACACACACACACACACACACAUUGGUUAGUCAGACUUUUAUGCAUCAGUGCGUACUAUACCAUCCUCCUCUUCUCUCUUGAUCUUCCUCUCUCCUCUCAUCUACUCUUUCUCUCUCUCCGUCCGUCCAUACUCCUAAUGACAGUGGCCGUGGCCGAAAUCUGUCUUGCCUAGAUGUCUUACAUACUCUGUACUAAUUGUACCACAUACAGUUUAGUUUAGUCAAAACUAAUGCAGUAAGCAACAAAUAUCAACAUACUAGGCUCAUCCAUACUGAGAAUGUGUCAUUUAAUGCGCAACUGCGUUGAUUCCAGCCAUUCGUUCGUUUUGCUGUGGCGCUUCGCCUCAUGUGAUAUAUCAGCUGUUGUCAAACACACGUGGGUCAUGAAAGGUGAUUCUCUUCCUUAAUGGUGUGCAGCGAAUUCUAGUUAGUGUGCGGUAUUUUUGCACACCCGAAAUGCCUACUAUUGAGAACGCAAAUGAGGGUAUUCGGACACGGACAGAGUGCCUCAGCGCUUUUGACUAACCAAUCCUCUCCCCUCUCCUAGACCAAAGGAGUGUAUGAGAAGGUGGGCGAGGCGACAGAGACGGCCCUCACUACUCUGGUGGAGAAGAUGAACGUGUUCAAGACCGACAUGUCAGGCCUCAGCAAGGUGGAGCGAGCCGGAGCCUGCAACGCAGUAAGCAGCUAGGGAAAACACUGGGGGUAGGGGGGAGGGGUUGUGGAUGUAAUGUAUACAGCACUUCUAUCCAUGCAUGUCGUGUGUGUAUUAGGCAUACUAUAUACUACUUGCAUAUUCAUAUACAGUGCAUUAUUUAAUUAUGUAUCUAACAUAUGGUCAUGUACACAGUGAUUAAACGACUGAACGUGGACACAAGUUCAAACAAAGUAUGUUAAUGGGAGCUGGUACCUAUUGGCUUUUAAUGCAUGGGACAAUUAUCUCCACUAAGAUCACCUCAGCCUCUAGUUUAGCACUUGAAAAUGGGUUUCUCGCAUAAAAUUGAUUAUUUAAUGAAACCAGUGAUUGCUCCAUCGGUAGUCCAAAUUGCAUUGGUAACUGGCUGGCCUGCACUAAGAGUGUUCGUAAUCCCUGAGAGAGAAUAUGUGAGAGAGAAUAUGUGAGAGAGAAUAUGUGAGAGAGAAUAUGUGAGAGAGAAUAUGUGAGAAUUCAGAUUCUCAGGUAGCACUUUAUAAUAACUCCACAUAAAAAAAGCAUUUAUAAUGGAUAAGUAAAUAGUUUAUUCAUCAUUUAUUCAUAAUCACUCCCACAUUUGUAAAUGUCGUAACCUAGUUAUUCACACAUUUAUAAAUCACUUUUAAAUUAUUGAAUAAGGAUUCAAAAAAAUGUUUAAUAUAGGUUAUUUUAAACCAUUUACUAAUCAUUAGUUAAGUCUUUUUGUGUGACAUCUGAAUUGUGGGCUAUUUACACGUUAGUUAUACUUUAGAAAUGUUUUGUGUGAACAGUGUAAUUUCUGACAAAAAGAUGGACAUUCCAUUGGUAGACAUUCCAGCAGUACCUGAUGCUCCUUAAGGUCUCAAAAUGGCCCCUAGAACAUAUCAAUGGUUAAACAAUAAACACACAAUACAGAGGAUGUUUAUGAAAAACAAGAAAAUACAUAAGCGUUUCAUGGCAGUGAAUUUCCUACAAAAACCAUAGUGUGGAUUGCAGUCACUCCUUAGAGCAGUCUAAUUAAGCAAUAGGGCACGAGGGGGUGUGGUGUAUGGCCAAUAUACAACGGCUAAGGGCUGUUCUUACGCACAACACAACGCGGAGUGCCUGGACACAGCACUUAGCCGUGGUAUAUUGGCUAUAUACCACAAACCCCUGAGGUGCCUUAUUGCUAUUAUAAACUGGUUACAAACAUAAUUAGAACAGUAAAAAUAGAUGUUUUGUCAUGCCCGUGGUAUAGGGUCUGAUAUACCAUGACUUUCAGCCAAUCAGCAUUCAGGACUCAAACCACCCAGUUUAUAAUCUCGGUUAACCCAUAACUAAAAUGGUACGUGAUUAAAUUCAGCUGCGUGAUUAAGACCAGCUUGCAAAUGUCUUCAUAGACUUAGCUAUGUAUACAAACUAGGUAUUACAUUAUGCCGAAUGCAUGAAUGAUAACAAAGAUGCACACACACACACAGACCCUCCCCCUUACGCUAAUUUCACCACACGCGCAAAGCAGUCAAAGUUUAAGCACCGCCAUCGUCGAAUCCUGGUACCUCCAAAUAAUCUGUGACAAAAAACCCAAACAUCGGAACUACUGCUGCUUGUUAUCCUAUGCAUUCCAUACCAUCCCGACAGAUUCUUCGGUUUACGCACAGAAUCUGUCUGAGGCUUUUUUUAGACUUAAGGAGCAUCAGGUACUUCUGUAAUGACUACCAAUGGCAUGUCCAUCUUUUUGUGAGAAAUUACACCGGUCACUCAAAACAUUUAUAAAGUAUAAAUAGCCCACACUUAAGAUGAGGCGACGCAAAAAGUCUUAACUAAUGAUUAGUAAAUGAUUUAUAAGGACCUACAUUAAACAUUUUAUGAUUAAUAAAUGAUGAAUCAACUUUUAACCAUUCCAUUAUAAAUGCUUUAUUAUGUGGAGGUAUUAUAAAGUGCAUCUAACUUCCCUGUGGUGAAUGCCCAAUGAUGGGCUCUCAGAGCUUCAUCUGUGUGAAUGAUGCCUUUCCUCCUCUGACUCUGAACAAGUGGUGUGUCUUCUCUUCUCUCAGUCUUUGUGAAUGACCAGUGACACUGUGACAGGAAGGCGUGAGAGCGAGAGAGUCUAACUCCCUGUGCUCUUGUCAAUGACCAGCAGUUCCAAGUUUUUCCACUGAACCCCAGAUAAAGUUCCAUUCAAAUUCCCAACGGUCCCACGACAAGGAAAAACCCUGUCACUGACACAAGUCGUCCUCGGAGGCUAGAGAUAAUAAUAUUUAGACAAGCCAGGGAGUUUAUGAAGAGGUUAGCUAAACUUUCCAGCCCUCUGUUAGGGCUUUCAACAGAAAAGAAAUAGGAUGUUGUUUCCUACUAAUGCACUAGUUGACGGUGAAGUGUGUAAGACGAUGUUUAGCUUCCUCCUCUGCCGUCACUAGACCGACUCGACACAAGUUCCUCGUCUUUUGUUUUACGAUGGGAGGAAGAGAGGGAUUUUGGCUUAAAUGGGCUCAGUGUCUCAGUGGCUUUAUGAUGGGAAGAGGGGUCUUUUGGCUCAGUUGCUCUCUGUCUGUGAGGACAUCUGUGAAGUGUCUAUGGAGGCCCCUGGCAUCAUGUCUUCACGUCAGAAAUGUCUGAGCUGAGAGGGAGGGAGGGAGGGAGGGAGGGAGGGAGGGAUUUGGGAUGAUGGUUAAUAGUGGUUAUAUCUGACUGACUACCAGCCUGAGAACACUGAGCUUCAUGCGGACUGGAACGAGGGUGACACCUAGUGGUACUUCAUAACUAGACACUAGGAAAUAGAGAGCAAGGAAAAUGGCUCCAUCAGUAUCCACAAAUGACAAUGCAAACCUAACCAACCAUUUCUGAUUAUUUACAGCUUGAUCAGUAUGAUGCAUUGAUUCAUAUUAGUUGGACAUUUAGCAGAUUUUUAAGGAUGUGAAAGCAGGGCCGUAUACCUUCUAUGUUAACCUUGCACUUCACUACAAGCUUAAGCCUUAAGGCCAAGUUGAGUUGUACCCACUAAGGGAUCUCAGGGUCCCUUGUAAAAUCAAAGUGUACCUCUGUACCACCUGUUUGGCACUAGAACUUACAUAGACAGAGGGUCCUGUCCAGCCCAGAUUGAUCCUGGCACUUCAUAUACAAAAAACUAUAUAUAUUCAGACUUGCCCAGUUGUGUCUGGUGCCUUUGGCUGACUGUCUGAGCCCAAACAGGAUGUUAGAGUACCAUCCAUCUGGUGUCAUCAACACAACCAGACCUCCCAGUCAGUCACCCAUCUGGGCCUGGAGUGCUAAUCUAGGAUCUGUCUUAUUAAUUAUGAUCUAAAAGGCUAAACUGAUCAUAGAUCAGCGGGUCUACUCUGAAAGGCUUUGUGGAUACGGGUCCUAGUCUGAUAGAGCCCCUUCCAUCACAAACACAACACAGCCUCCCAGUCUCAGUCCAGAGUAGAUAGGAUGCUGGAGUGUCUCAUCCAUCAGGUGUCAGCAUCACAGCCAAAGAGAAGCCUCCCAGUCUCAGUCCCCCACCUGGCCCAUUAGAGCCCGCUCCAUCAAAACAACAACAACACAGCCAAGGCAGAGUCAAGCCUCCCAGUCCCCCACCUGGUACUGACAGGAUGACAGCUGCCCACUAACACGCCUGUCUGGAAUAAACACUUUUUCUAUCCCUCUCUCUCUCUCUCGUGCUCUCUCUCUCUCCUGUCUCGGCUCUCUCAUCUCUCUCUCUCUCUCUCCUCUCUCCUCUCUCUCCUCGUCCUCUCUCUCUGCUCUCUCUCUCUCUAUUCUCUCCUCUCUCUCUCUCUCUCUCUCUCUCUCGCUCUCUUAUUUUCUUUCUAUUUUCUUCACUUUCUCUCUCUCUCUCUUACUCUCACACUCACACUCACACACACCAGGUGAUCAGGCAGCUGAUGAAGAAAGAGUUUACUCUGGAGUUCUCUCGCGACCGCAAGUCCAUGUCCGUGUACUGUACCCCCACUAGCAAACCAGGUUCUGGGAGCAAGAUGUUUAUCAAGGUACACACAAACACACACCCCUCAGGCAACAGAUCUCUUACAUGCUUUAAUAAUACAUUUUCAGAAUCAAUGCAUUUUCUCUGUAAGCCAGAGUGAUGGGAGCUUGGAUGUCCAAGUUGUUUUGUUGUCAUUUUUUACCUUGUGUGUCCUUUUGACCCCUGUACCUCCCUCUCCCUACAAACACACACACUCCACCCCUCCACUCCAACAGGGUGCCCCAGAGAGUGUGAUGGAGCGUUGCCAGUACCUGCGUGUUGGCACAGGGAAGGUGGCGCUGACCCUGCCCCUGAGAGAGAAGCUGACCUCCCUGAUCAGGGACUGGGGCACGGGCAGGGACACACUGAGAUGCCUGGGCAUGGCCACACGGGAUUCACCACCAAAACAGGAAGACAUGGAUCUGGAGAACGCCACUAAGUUCGCUGAGUACGAGGUACAAGAGAGAGAUGGAAAAGCUUAGUGUUUGUUGGUUUCUGUGUGCGAACCAUCUUGCUAUGUCAGAGACGGGGCAUGGAUAGAACUGGGCAGAGAGAGUUUUGUUUUGUUUUUAUAGACAUGUUCUAUGUAAGGAGAGAUCAUCCACCUUAAAUACAAUAAUAAUGAUCAUCAUCAUUUGUAUGUGGUGAGCUCCACUUACUCUGACACCCGUUAUCCUUUAUCUUGAGUUGCAUCCAGGUUGUAUUCUGAUGCCUGACUGGGUGCUGCUCAUUCAUCGAUCUGGUGCUCACAUUCUACUGUCUUCACUUUUCGACAUUCCCUCAUCCUCCUCCUCUACCUGCCUCCUCCUACCCCUCUUCUCCUCCUCUUCCUCCUCCUCUCUUCCUCUCUUCUCCGCAUCCCCUCCUCGCUCUGUCCAGACGGGCCUAACGUUCGUUGGCUGCGUGGGCAUGCUGGACCCGCCCAGGAAGGAGGUGAUUGGCGCCAUCCAGCUCUGCGCCGAGGCGGGCAUCCGUGUCAUCAUGAUCACCGGGGACAACAAGGGCACGGCUGUGGCCAUCUGCCGACGCAUCGGUAUCUUCGGCGAGGAUGAGGAUGUGAUGGGCAAGGCCUACACAGGCCGGGAGUUUGACGACCUGCCCAUAGAGUCCCAGAGAGACGCUGUGAAGCGGGCACGGUGCUUUGCCCGCGUGGAGCCAGCCCACAAGUCCAAGAUCGUGGGCUACCUGCAGUCGUUUGAUGAGAUCACUGCCAUGGUGAGUAGAGGGUUAAUGCACAGCUCCACCCCUUUGUCUCAUUCAACUGCCUGGGAGCUCAGUGCCUCAUUUCAGUAUAAUUGUGACUAGAUCUAGAUUGAUGUUGACCUUAUUUAAUUGGUGUGCAAAUAAAUCAAUGAAUACAUAGAUCAAAUGUUAGAUCUAAUUUAUUGUAUAACUCAUUAUGGGCCAAUCUAUUCUGACUUGCUUUGACAAUGAAAUAGUUCUGCAUGUCUGUAUAACACCCUAUUAAAUAAUUAAAUACUCUUGCUUUCCUCCACAGACUGGUGAUGGGGUGAACGACGCACCAGCCUUGAAGAAGGCAGAAAUUGGCAUUGCCAUGGGUUCGGGCACGGCUGUGGCAAAGUCAGCCUCUGAGAUGGUUCUGUCUGAUGAUAACUUCUCUACCAUUGUGGCGGCUGUAGAGGAGGGCAGAGCCAUCUACAACAACAUGAAACAGUUCAUACGAUACCUCAUCUCCUCAAACGUCGGCGAGGUCGUCUGGUAAGAAGAGAUGCAUGCAUGCACUGCAAACAAACACACACACAUUUUCCUAUGUCAAGUCUCCUAACCAGAGUUUUCAAGAAUGCUGACUGUUGUUGUUUUCUUUAUGUAUUUCUGAUGUGUGUUUACUCUUUCUGUCUGAAGCAUCUUCCUGACGGCCAUCUUGGGUCUGCCUGAGGCUCUGAUCCCGGUACAGUUGCUGUGGGUCAACCUGGUGACAGAUGGUCUCCCUGCGACUGCCCUGGGUUUCAACCCCCCAGACCUGGACAUCAUGGACAAGCCCCCCCGCAACCCCAAGGAGCCCCUCAUCUCUGGAUGGCUGUUCUUCAGAUAUCUGGCCAUCGGAGGUGAGACACUGUCUGGUCCACUGGACACUGGUUAAAAUACAACAAGAGUUGCUCAUUCAGACUCAUCUUUGUAUCUGUAAUGUAAUCUCGCGAGCCAUAAUCAAAGUUUCAUGCUAGCUAUUUUUUUUAUAUUUUAAUGUUUAAAAAAAAUAUAUAUUUUACCUUUAUUUAACUAGGCAAGUGAGUUAAGAAGACAUAUUUAUUUACAUUGAUGGCCUACCAAAAGGCAAAAGGCCUCCUGCGGGGACGGGGGCUGGGAUUUAAAAAAAUUAUAUAUUUAAAUAUAGGACCAAACACACAUCACAACAAGAAAGACACCACAACACUACAUAAAGAGAGACCUAAGACAACAACACAGCAAGGUAGCAACCCAACAUGAAAACAGCAUGGUUGCAACACAACAUGGCAGCAGCACAACAUGGUAGCAGCACAAAACAUGGUACAAACAUUAUUGAGCACAGACAACAGCACAAAGGGCAAGAAGGUAGAGACAACAAUACAUCACGCGAAGUAGCUACAACUGUCAGUAAGAGUGUCCAUGAUUUGAGUCUUUGAAUGAAGAAAUGGAGAUAAAACUGUCCAGUUUGAGUGUUUUUUGCAGCUCGUUCCAGUCGCUAGCUGCAGCGAACUGAAAAGAGGAGCGACCCAGGGAUGUGUGUGUUUUGGGGAUCUUUAACAGAAUGUGACUGGCAGAACGGGUGUUGUAUGUGGAGGAUGAGGGCUGCAGGAGGUGUAUCAGAUAGGGGGGAGUGAGGCCUUAGAGGGUUUUAUAAAUAAGCAUCAACCAGGGGGUCUUGCGACGGGUAUACAGAUAUGGCCAGUUUACAGAGGAGUAUAGCGUGCCGUGAUGUGUCCUAUAAGGAGCAUUUGUGGCAAAUCUGAUGGCCGAAUGGUAAAGUACAUCUAGUUAGAGACUAUCCUUAAUGUGACUUUCAUCCCUAACAUUGGGGGUUAAAACGUGAUCGACCUGGCUCUCACUGUUGCUUGGUCUAUGACUGUCUUUCUGUCUGUGUGUGUUCCUGCAGGGUAUGUUGGUCUGGGCACGGUGGGUGCUGCCACCUGGUGGUACCUGUUUGAUGAUGAAGGCCCUAAUGUGACCUUCUACCAGCUGGUGAGUGGAGACAAACACCAUUACAUUAGGGUCUGCUUGAACAUGUCCUGCUAGUUAAAAACAAUUUUUGCAAAACAUUUUGCUACACUGUGUCCUAAUGAAUAGGACCUAGGUCAACCCUUUUCAAUCACCUCAUGUUUAUUUGUGUUUUCAAUAGCAUCCAUCCCCAGGGGAUGGUGCUUUAUCACUUAGCACAGUUAUGGUCUAUAUUUGGCUGUUGUUACGGUUACCCCCGGUUACCCCAUCAGCUAUUUGCCAUGACGACGAUGUCUGGGAUCAUACAAAGAGACAGAAAUAGAAUUCAGAGAAAGUAGAGAGUUCAUUGGCGGAGAAUAAGACACGUGGUCUGAGGGAAAGAAAUAGAAAUGUUAGAGAAAGAGGUGGAACAGAGGAGGGAGGGAAGAGUGAACUGAGUCCAAGGGUCCCCUGAAGGAAAAAUGUCAGAGAAGGAAAGGGGGAACAGAGGAAGAGCUGAGUCGAGGGUUUCCUGCAGCUGCUGCGGUGUCAGAUCUAAGCAGGUCGCAAGGUUAGGUCACUUCCUGUGGACACGCACGCACACACAGUGCUUCGAGUGUUCUGGUCGUUGACUUGCAUGAAGUCAGUCUUUUUCAUCUCAGGACGUGUAAGAAACUUUGGAAUAAUACUCCAAUGUGCAAUGAAUGUAUCUUUCUCUUGUCUAUGUGUUGUGAAGCCUACCUCACCUCUCUCCUCUCCCUCUCCGCAGAGACACUUAAAUGAGUGCAUGCAGGUCAACCCCAUGUUGUCUAUAUGCUGUGAAGCCUGUUUACCUCACUGCUGUCCUCUCCUCUUCUCAGAGACACUUUAUGCAGUGCUCGGAGGACAACCCCAUGUUCCAGGGCAUCGACUGUGAGGUGUUUGAGUCGCGCUACCCCACCACCAUGGCCCUCUCUGUGCUGGUCACCAUAGAGAUGUUCAACUCCCUCAACAGGUCAGUCAGCAGCAUCUUGUACUUAGAGGGCAACAUAUCUAUAUGAUUAUACAUACAUAUAUGUUGGUCCAUAUCUGUUGGUCCUCUGUAGCACAGUUGAUAGAGCAUGGCACUUGCAACGCCAGGAUAGGUGGUUCGAUUCCCAGGACCACCCGUACAUAAAAUGUAUGCACACAUGACUGUAAGUCGCUUUGGAUAAAAGCAUCUGCUAAAUGGCAUAUAUAUAUUAUCUACUGUAUAUUAUAAUACGCUAAGCAUUCUAAGCUGCAGGAGGGACUACUCCUACAAUUUGGGGCAGAUUUUCUUCAUUUCAGGCUCAAAAGAAGUGCAUCCGUCCUCUUACAUAUAUUCCGCGGUGUUUUGUGUUUUCCCAGUUUUUGUGUUUGGAAUGACAUGGUUACUAUUGCAUCAUGUCAAUUCCAUUGUGAAGUAAUUUCGCUCCCAAGGUAAAGCCUAUCAAAGCGUAAGUCCAGCCGCUCAGUGGGUAUAGCAAUAAUCAUGCCCAGACGCAGACGAUCCACUUCUCUAGACCUAUUACCCAUAAUGCUCAUUGCCUGGACAUUCCAAAUUACCAUGGCAAUUAUGCAUCACAAUGGUAAUAUUAAUUUUGGAAAAUGCAGCAAUCCACGGUACAGUAGGCUAUCAACUGCACUGCUGCUUUUAUACAGUGCUUAAAUUCUUCAACAGCAUCUCAUGAUGAUCCACUGCCCUGUUUUUCCCAAAUCUUAAACUAACCCUCAAAUCCUUUUGAAAUAAUGCUGUCAUAUAAAGCAAGGUGUAUAUGAGUCAAAUAAGCACUAGGCAUAAAACAUAGGCAAUAAACAUGAGCUGGUAUACACACUGGAGAGGUGGAAAUUACACUUCCACGCUUGGAUGUGGUCGCAUCUAUGCGAGUUACAAAUUCUAGCAGGUCACUUCACUCAAAACAUUCUAUUUUUGGGGCAGAUAAAACCAUGAUUUGGUCAAACUGUGGCAUCCUGAUCCUGCAUGAAAGUGUUUUCCCUGCCCCUGUUUCUCCCUGUGUUUUCCCUGCCCCUGUUUCUCCCUGUGUUUGCCUUGCCCCUGUUUCUCCCUGUGUUUGCCUUACCCCUGUUUCUCCCUGUGUUUGCCUUACCCCUGUUUCUCCCUGUGUUUGCCUUACCCCUGUUUCUCCCUGUGUUUGCCUUACCCCUGUUUCUCCCUGUGUUUGCCUUACCCCUGUUUCUCCCUGUGUUUGCCUUACCCCUGUUUCUCCCUGUGUUUGCCUUACCCCUGUUUCUCCCUGUGUUUGCCUUACCCCUGUUUCUCCCUGUGUUUGCCUUACCCCUGUUUCUCCCUGUUUGCCUUACCCCUGUUUCUCUCUUUGCGCUCUGAGUAGCCUAGAUGGAGAGAAGGGGAGGAAGAGAGAAAUGCACAACAUUUCAAAAUGCAGUGGCACAAAACAAACAGUAGGCUAGUGUUGUGGUUUUGGUUUCGAGUUUUCCCUUCCACAGUGAUUAGCCCCAAGUGAAUUAGCCUAUUUGUACACAAAACGAUGUAAGCAAAUUAAUCUCUAUUGAACAAAAUACAUCUGUAUUUCUGGAGCCCUAUAUAUAUAUAUAUAUAUAUAUACACACACACAGUGGGGAGAACAAGUAUUUGAUACACUGCCGAUUUUGCAAGUUUUCCUACUUACAAAACAUGUAGACGUCUGUAAUUUUUAUCAUAGGUACACUUCAACUGUGAGGGACGGAAUCUAAAACAAAAAUCCAGAAAAUCACAUUGUAUGAUUUUUAAGUCAUUAAUUUGCAUUUUAUUGCAUGACAUAAGUAUUUGAUACAUCAGAAAAGCAGAACUUAAUAUUUGGUACAGAAACCUUUGUUUGCAAUUACAGAGAUCAUACGUUUCCUGUAGGUCUUGACCAGGUUUGCACACACUGCAGCAGGGAUUUUGGCCCACUCCUCCAUACAGACCUUUUCCAGAUCCUUCAGGUUUCGGGGCUGUCGCUGGGCAAUACGGACUUUCAGCUCCCUCCAAAGAUUUUCUAUUGGGUUCAGGUCUGGAGACUGGCUAGGCCACUCCAGGACCUUGAGAUGCUUCUUACGGAGCCACUCCUUAGUUGCCCUGGCUGUGUGUUUUGGGUGUCAUGCUGGAAGAACCCGGCCACAACACAUCCUCAAUGCUCUUACUGAGGGAAGGAGGUUGUUGGCCAAGAUCUCGCGAUACAUGGCCCCAUCCAUCCUCCCCUCAAUACGGUGCAGUCGUCCUGUCCCCUUUGAAGAAAAGCAUCCCCAAAGAAUGAUGUUUCCACCUCCAUGCUUCACGGUUGGGAUGGUGUUCUUGGGGUUGUACUCAUCCUUCUUCUUCCUCCAAACACGGCGAGUGGAGUUUAGACCAAAAAGCUCUAUUUUUGUCUCAUCAGACCACAUGCCCUUCUCCCAUUCCUCCUCUGGAUAAUCCAGAUGGUCAUUGGCAAACUUCAGACGGGCCUGGACAGCAGGGGGACCUUGCGUGCGCUGUAGGAUUUUAAUCCAUGACGGCAUAGUGUGUUACUAAUGGUUUUCUUCGAGACUGUGGUCCCAGCUCUCUUCAGGUCAUUGACCAGGUCCUGCCGUGUAGUUCUGGGCUGAUCCCUCACCUUCAUCAUGAUCAUUGAUGCCCCACGAGGUGAGAUCUUGCAUGAUUGACAGUCAUCUUGAACUCCUUCCAUUUUCUAAUAAUUGCGCCAACAGUUGUUGCCUUCUCACCAAGCUGCUUGCCUAUUGUCCUGUAGUCCAUCCCAGCCUUGUGUAGGUCUACAAUUCUAUCCCUGAUGUCCUUACACAGCUCUCUGGUCUUGGCCAUUGUGGAGAGGUUGGAGUCUGUUUGAUUGAGUGUAUGGACAGGUGUCUUUUAUACAGGUAACGAGUUCAAACAGGUGCAGUUAAUACAGGUAAUGAGUGGAGAACAGGAGGGCUUCUUAAAGAAAAACUAACAGGUCUGUGAGAGCCGGAAUUCUUACUGGUUGGUAGGUGAUCAAAUACUUAUGUCAUGCAAUAAAAUGCAAAUUCAUUACUUAAAAAUCAUACAAUGUGAUUUUCUGGAUUUUUGUUUUUUACAGACCUCUACAUGCUUUGUAAGUAGGAAAACCUGCAAAAUCGGCAGUGUAUCAAAUACUUGUUCUCCCCACUGUGUGUGUAUAUAUAUAUAUAUACUACCGUUCAAAAGUUUGUGGGCACUUAGAAAUGUCCUUGUUUUCGAAAGAAAAUCAUUUUUUUUGUCCAUUAAAAUAACAUCAAAUUGAUCAGAAAUACAGUGUAGACAUUAAUGUUGUAAAUGGCUAUUGUAACUGGAAACGGCUGACUUUUAAUGGAAUAUCUACAUAGGCGUACAGAGGCCCAUUAUCAGCAACCAUCAGUCCUGUGUUCCAAUGGCAUGUUGUGUUUGCUAAUCCAAGUUUAUUAAUCAUUAGAAAAACCUUUUGCAAUUAUGUUAGCACAGCUGAAAACUGUUGUGCUGAUUAAAGAAGCAAUACAACUGGCCUUCUUCAGACUAGUUGAGUAUCUGGACCAUCAGCAAUUGUGGGUUCGAUUACAGGUUCAAAAUGGCCAGAAACAAAUAACUUUCUUCUGAAACUCAUCAGUCUAUUCUUGUUCUGAGAAAUGAAGGCUAUUCCAUGCGAGAAAUUGCCAAGAAACUGAAGAUCUCGUACAACGCUGUGUACUACUCCCUUCACAGAACAGCGCAAACUGGCUCUAACCAGAAUAUAAAGAGGAGUGGGAGGCCCCGAUGCACAACUGAGCAAGAGAACAAAUAUAUUAGUGUCUAGUUUGAGAAACAGGCGCCUCACAGGUCCUCAACUGGCAGCUUCAUUAAAUAGUACCCGCAAAACACCAGUCUCAACAUCAACAGUGAAGAGGCGACUCCGGGAUGCUGACCUUCUAGGCACAGUUGCAAAGAAAAAGCCAUAUCUCAGACUCCCCAUCUUAAUCUUCUCUUUUUAUUGGCCAGUCUGAGAUAUGGCUUUUUCUUUGCAACUAGGCGUACACACACACACACACACACACACUAUAUCGAACCCACAAUUGCUGAUGCUCCAGAUACUCAACUAGUCUCAAGAAGGCCAGUUUUAUUGCUUCUUUAAUCAGCACAACAGUUUUCAGCUGUGCUAACAUAAUAGCAAAAGGGUUUUCUAAUGAUCAAUUAGCCUUUUUUAAAUGAUAAACUUGGAUUAGCAAACACAACGUGCCAUUGGAACACAGGACUGAUGGUUGCUGAUAAUGGGCCUCUGUACGCCUAUGUAGAUAUUCCAUUAAAAAUCAGCUGUUUCCAGCUAUAAUAGCCAUUUACAACAUUAACAAUGUCUACACUGUAUUUCAGAUCAAUUUGAUGUUAUUUUAAUGAACCAAAAAAUUGCUUUUCUUUCGAAAACAAGGCAAUUUCUAAGUGACCACAAACUUUGUGCGGUCAAAAGUUUUAGAACACCUACUCAUUCAAGGGUUUUUCUUGAUUUUCUUACUAUUUUCUACAUUGUAGAAUAAUAGUGAAGACAUCAAAACUAUUAAAUAACACAUAUGGAAUAAUAUUAACCAAAAAAAUGUUAAACAAAUGAAAAUAUAUUUGAUAUUCUUCAAAUAGCCACACUUUGCCCUGACAGCUUUGCUCACUCUUGGCAUUCUCUCAACCAGCUUCACCAGGAAUGCUUUUCCAACAGUCUUGAAGGAGUUCCCACAUAUGCUGAGCACUUGUUGGCUGCUUUUCCUUCACUCUGCUGUCCGACUCAUCCCAAACCAUCUCAAUUUGGUUGAGGUCGGUGGAUUGUGGAGGCCAGGUCAUCUGAUGCAGCACUCCAUCACUCUACUUCUUGGUAAAAUAGCCCUUACACAGCCUGGAGGUGUGUUGGGUCAUUGUCCUGUUGAAAAACAAAUGAUAGUCCCGCUAAGCACAAACCAGAUGGGAUGGCCUAUCGCUGCAGAAUGCUGUGGUAGCCAUGCUGGUUAAGUGUGCCUUGAAUUCUAAAUAAAUCACAGACAGUGUCAUCAGCAAAGCACCCCCACACCAUAACACCUCCUCCUCCAUGCUUUACGGUGGGAACUACACAUGCGGAGAUCAUCCGUUCACCCACACCGCAUCUCACAAAGACACGGCGGUUGGAACCAAACAUUUCCAAUUUGGACUCCAGACCAAAGGACACAUUUCCACUGGUGUAAUGUCCAUUGCUCGGGUGUCUUGGCCCAAGCAUGUCUCUUCUUCUUAUUGGUGUCCUUUAGUAGUGAUAUCUUUGCAGCAAUUCGACCAUGAAGGCCUGAUUUCACACAGUCUCCUCUGAACAGUUGAUGUUGAGAUGUGUCUGUUACUUGAACUCUGUGAAGCAUUUAUUUGGGCUGCAAUUUCUGAGGCUGGUAACUCUAAUGAACUUAUCCUCUGCAGCAGAGGUAACUCUGGGUCUUCCAUUCCUGUGGCGGUCCUCAUGAGAGCCAGUUUCAUCAUAGCGCUUGAUGGUUUUUGUGACUGCACUUGAAGAAACUUUCAAAGUUCUUGAAAUGUUCCGUAUUGACUGACCUUCAUGUCUUAAAGUAAUGAUGGCCUGUAGUUUCUCUUUUGCUUAUUUGAGCUGUUCUUGCCAUAAUAUGGACCUGGUCUUUUACCAAAUAGGGCUAUCUUCUGUAUACACAUUAAGAAGGAAAGAAAUUCCACAAAUGAACUUUUAAGAAGGCACACCUGUUAAUUGAAAUGCAUUCCAGGUGACUACCUCAUGUAUGUAUAUGUAUUAUGGAAGAGUCAUGUGAACAGUACAGAAUAACUAUUUAUUUAUAAGGCAGUCAGUCCAUUCAUGUUUUGGCCUUCUAGUAUGUCACCCUGAUUCUGAGAGUUGUAUUAGUUUUAUUAGGCUAGUCAUUAGAGUAUAGACUACUGUAAACCAGGACCUGUACCCACAAAACUUCUCAGAAUAGGAGUGCUGAUCUAGGAUCAGGUCCCAAUCUUUCACCUUUUAGAUCAUAAUGAAUAAGGUAAUAUGGACAGGUGGGGACCUGAUCCUAGAUCAGCACACCUACACUGAGACGCUUUGUGGAUACGGGCCCAGACCUUAUACAUCUGCAAUGUAAUAAUUGUCCUGUAGACCAUGUUUUGCUGCCCUUGCUAACCCGUUCUGGGUCCAGUAGUUGUCUUGGCUAUGAAUACAGUAAUUACAGUGUUGGUGUGUUUUGCCUCUCCUCCUCCUGCCCCUAGUCUGUCUGAGAACCAGUCCCUGAUCAGGAUGCCUCCCUGGGUGAACUUCUGGCUGCUGGGAGCCAUAGUCCUCUCCCUGUCCCUCCACUUCCUCAUCCUCUACGUCGAGCCCCUGCCUGUGAGUACAGCAUAUACAUAGGUUCUGUCCGUCAGCAAUAGUAUGCUUUCUAGUGUAUCCCUCUAUCUGACCUGGUCCACCCCUCUUUUCUCUGCCGUCCAGCUGAUCUUCCAGGUGACCCCUCUAUCCUGGUGCCAGUGGAUCGUGGUCCUGAAGAUCUCCAUCCCUGUCAUCCUAUUGGAUGAGGCCCUCAAGUACAUCUCCCGCAAUCACUUAGAC